AUGUCAUCAUUAACUAAAUUAUUACAGGAGAAACGAAAAAAUGACACCACCGUGAAUGCUGCUAAUUCGAAUACUCUUGGAUCUCAACAUGGUCCAUCUUUACUUCGAACUACUUCCAAAUCAAUUGGUAUCCCUACAGAUAGGAAUAACUCUGGUACUACAACAAGUGUCACCACUGUAGUACCUAUCGAGUCGGAAGACGAUGAGUCAUCUUCUUCAAUGGCAAGCUCGUCAUUUGAUGGCAAGCCGAUGAUAUCUUCAAGUUUCUUAACUGCCAAUUUCGCUCACACUGCACAUAUGUAUUCAAGAGAAAGAUCUGGUUCAUUUAUCAAUAACUAUAAUCAUCCAAAUGAGUUGGCCACAUCUCUCGGUUCCAAUUCUGCUUUGCCAGCAAGACGCAACUCAAGACAUUAUUUAAAUGGGAGUGCAAGCUCUAACAGACAGAUUCCAUCACUAUCAUCAAGUAUACCAUACGCCGUACCCAAUUCAAAUAAGGAUACAAGUGCUAACGGUAAUCAUAGUGCAAGCUCAUCUCUUACCUCCUCUUGGUUAGAGAGUUAUGGUAGUUCAAUGCCUAACAACAUUUCAGCAAUUGAUUCAAACAUUAUUACAUCUCCUGUGGUAAAUUCAGUAGAACCAAGAUUCGUUAUAUCCAAACAAAAACUACAAAAAUCUGCUCAAGAAAAUAGCAAUAAUGCAUCCGCUUCUGUUUCAAGAUCAAGUUCUUUCUCUUCUCAAUUGGGGAAUCUUUUCUUUUCCAAAAGUUCUAAAGACAUUCACAAUUCAUAUAGUCCGUCUCAUAACAACACCAACAGUACAUCUAAUGGUUCAAGUACUAAUAACUCUAAUACAUAUCAUGUCCAAUCUAACGCAUCAAGUGCAGAUUCCGCCAAGGGUUCAAUCGCUGGGAAUUCAAUUCCUAAGCCAAUGCGUGCAAGACAGUAUUCUUCAUCAAGACAACAACCUCCCUCCGGUACAUCCUACACUGACCAUUUUUUCGGUUCCCCUACAUCAGUACAAGAUGUACAUCCACAUGCACCUCCGAUUCAAAACCAAAGCCUACCGAGAUCACAUAAUUCAUCCAUUGGUGAUUUGAAAAGAUUUUUUAAGAAAACUUCAUCUACAAAUUCUCUUCAUGCAUCUAGUAACAGCAAUAGCGGUAUAAUGAUGGGUUCUCCACCUGUAACCAACGGUAUUCCUGUACCUAAUUCAAACAAUCCAACCAGCCUCAAUAGAAUGCCAUCAGCAAACUAUUCCCCUCAUUCUUAUGGCGAUACCAUAUAUUCAACUACUAAUAAUGCAACUCUACCGUUUUCUAAAAGAUAUUUGAAAACAGGUGACGAUUUAGGAGCAGGGGCAGGAGGGUCAGUUAAAUUAGUGAAAAGAUUGUCUGACAAGAAGAUUUUCGCAGUAAAAGAAUUUAGAGCUAAAUUUGAAAAUGAAACCAAGAGAGAUUAUGUAAAGAAAAUCACCUCGGAGUAUUGUAUUGGUACUACUUUAAACAAUCCCAAUAUCAUUGAAACUAUUGAGAUCGUUUAUGAAAAUGAAAGAAUUUUACAAGUUAUGGAAUACUGUGAUUAUGAUUUAUUUGCUAUUGUCAUGAGUAAUAAAAUGUCCUAUGAGGAAAUCUGCUGUUGCUUUAAGCAAAUAUUGACUGGUGUGCAAUACUUGCAUAGUAUUGGCUUGGCUCAUCGUGAUUUAAAAUUAGAUAACUGUGUCAUUAAUGAGAAGGGUAUUGUAAAACUGAUAGAUUUUGGUGCUGCUGUCGUCUUUUCAUAUCCAUUUAGCAAGACUCUGGUUGAAGCAAGUGGAAUUGUUGGAAGUGAUCCAUAUUUAGCACCUGAAGUUUGCAUAUUUUCUAAAUACGAUCCACGUCCAGUGGAUAUUUGGUCUACAGCUAUCAUAUUUGCUUGUAUGAUCUUAAAAAAAUUCCCCUGGAAAAUCCCUAAAUUAAGAGACAAUUCCUUUAAGUUAUUUUGCUCCGGACGUGAUUGCGAUUCGCUUAGUGCAUUGGUAACCCGUACGCCAGAUCCGCCAUCUUACGAUAAUUCCAUGGUUCAAAUUCCAGAGGAGAAGCCUAGCCAUUCAUCUCAUAAUGUUCCAGAUCCAAGUAACCCCAAUAUUGGCCCUCAGAGAUUACUUCAUUCAUUACCAGAGGAAACACAUCAUAUAAUAAAUCGUAUGGUUGAUUUGGCUCCAGCAUGUAGAGCAAAUAUUGAUGAAAUCAUGAACGAUGAAUGGAUAAGAAAUAUUGAAAUGUGCCACAUGAUCGAUGAUGGAUUCAAUAGAAAAUUAGUCCAUGCAUCAGACCAUACACACACGCAAGUAGACCAAAGUGAAGCCCACAUUGCAGGUCUUGAGAAGAAAAAGAAGCAAAAGCAAGAAGCAGCUGAUUCACAAUGA